ACGUUUCUCUAUACACUUUUUCACAAUAGGCGUAAAGCUUAGCAAUAAAUAUCCAUAACUUCGUUUUGAUAUAUAGAGUCAUUUUCUGUUUAACCAUGGCUUGAAGGAAGACCUCUUUAUUUAUUCAGACGGGAACGCGCCUGCGUGCCCACGCCCUUUGUUACAGGUGCGGUCCAUGACCUCAUCCCCUAGGAGGGCACACAGACGGCAGGUGAGGUCGAGUCUUGUUGUGAAUCCCGUGGGUGAUCUCACUGUUCAUAGUGUAGUAUUUUGUAGAUGUGAUAAAUUCCACCGAGGAGUCAAAAACGACUUUGCAAAGCUUUAGAAGAGAACAGAAGCUAGUUUUGUGUGCAGCGAAGCACUUUUUAUUCAUGCCAAAACAUUAAAGUGGCGUAGCAGGCUAUUUUUUUUUUUAUUUUUUUACUCGCACCUAACGGCUACUAUGAGCAAUUCAACAGAGAGAGGAGCCGAAAUGGAGGAUUUUUUUAAAACGGUGGGUGAGGUAAGAAAUCUCAUUGAAAAAAUUUCCAGCCAAACAGAGGACAUGGAAAAAAGACACUGCUGCAUCCUUUCCUCUUCAGACAGUGGUAAAGGAAGUAAAGCUGAACUGGAGCUGAUAAACAACGAGAUCAGAAACAAUGCCAGCUUGGUCCGAACCAAGUUAAAAUUAAUGCAGAAGAACUGUCCAUCAGAAGAGAACAGAACUAAUCACUCUGUUAUCUAUCGAAUUCAGAUGAAUCAGCACUCACACCUGACUCGUUGGUUUUCUGAAGUCAUGAAGAGUUACCAUGAGAUCCAGAUUUCCUUCAGAGAGAAAUGUAAGGCCCAAAUUCAGAAACAGCUCGAGAUUGUGAAUAAAGUCACACCAGAUGACGAGCUGGAGGAUAUGCUGCAACGUGAUAAUCUUGGCAUUUUUAUAUCUAAUAUCCCCUCUGAUGCCCAAUUUUCAAGUCAUGCUCUCUCUGAGAUUAAAAGACAUCAUCAGGACAUCAUCAGCCUUGAAUACAGCAUUAAAGAACUACAUGAUCUAUUUACAGACACAGCCUUGCUGUUGGAAAUUCAGGGGGAGUUACUCAACAAUAUAGAAAAGAAUGUCACCAGUGCAGGAGAAUACGUAGAUGCAGCAAAAGAAGAAACAUAUGAAGCACUUGCAUACAAGAAGAAUCCUUAUAAGGUUGCAUCGCUCCCAAGCUUCUUCAAGUCCUUUAGGAGAUAAGCUAGUUCUCAAGCUGCUGAUAAAAACUCCUCUGAAGACUGCAUCAAACAUUCCUGAUACACAUCAAACCUGUCUGAGCCUUGGAGAAUUAUUUUUAUAAAUUUUUUGCAGUUCUUCAUUCAGUCACACCACUCAGUCCCUAGGUGGCACUGCAACAACAUUGAAAUAUCAGGCUGAACCUCGACUAAAAUUUCUUUUCUUUUUAAUUUUUUAUUUUGUUUUUGUCAAAGAACUUUUCAAACUAUAUUAAGCAAAAAAUAAUAAUAUCAAACCAUAUGGAUGUUGAAUAAAGAUCUAGUGUUUACAAUUGUAUGUAUUUAUAAUUGCAAUAAAGCUCUAAAAUUGAUUUAGAAAAGGCAGCCUGAGUGUCCAAAAUGUUGACGUGUAAAAUUCUGUUUUGUGCAUACUACUUGUUCAUGAUGAAUGCUGUGAAACAGUUUUUAAACUUUGUGUUCUGCCUCUUCAAAAUUUGUGGUCUCCUGCUGCAAUGAAUUAACAUAAAGCGGUUUAAAUAAAAUGUGAGAGAAAAUCUGUACAAUAUAAAAAUAGCUGUAAUAGUUGCAGUCAACUUGUAAAUGAAAAAUUUACCAAUCAGAGUUUUACUGGCUUAUGUGUCUAUUUUUGCCUUUUUGUAGGUCUGAUCUGCUAAUUGUAAACUCUUCUGUUUUUAAAUUAACAAUGACAUGUAAAUAAUGUGAAGUACAAGGAACCAAAACUUGUUUUCUUUAAAAAACAAGUUUCUUAAUAACUUGUUUUUUAUGAUUAUUGGAAGAAAAUAAAACACAAGUAAUUAGGGUAAAUAUGUUUUAUCUACAAAAGAUGAGUGAUCCAAAUUUAUAUUUUGGUAUCUCAUGAAAUAUAACUUUUCCUACUUAAUAUGUCUAUUAGGUUAUUAUGCCCAAAUUAAUUUUAUUUAUUUUCAUGUAAUUUAAAUGUUAUUUAUCCAUAUUGCUGCUUCAGUUUGUUUUGAACCUGCCAACUGGAAAGGUAGUGCUCACUUCUGGUGUAUUUAAUAAA